CAGCUUGUAAGGAGAGGCAGGCGCGCGCGGUCUCUCUGCGCAGGCGCGGCCUGUGGUCCACGCUUGGAGUUAUGCCUGUUCGGCACGUCUCGCGUGUCCGGGCCUUGUAUCGGCGCAUUUUGCUGCUGCACCGGGCUCUGCCCCCAGACCUCAAAGCCCUUGGUGACCAGUACGUGAAGGACGAAUUUAGGAGACAUAAGACCGUUGGUUCUGACGAGGCCGAGCGAUUCUUGCAGGAAUGGGAGGCAUAUGCAGCAGUGCUAUGGCAACAAGCUAAUGAAAACAGACACAAUUCAACUGAAAAAGCAUGUUUUGGAAUCUCCCUACCAGAAGAAAGACUUAAUGACUUUCGUGAUGAACAAAUUGGACAGUUGCAGGAGCUGAUGCAAGAAGCCACUAAACCCAAUAGGCAGUUUAGUAUUACUGAGUCCAGGAGACCAAAAUUUUAGUCUAUACAAUAAAGUUUAACAAAGCAUUUCAAAUUCAGAGCCCCUUAUUUUAACUAUCAUUGGUUUUGAAAAUUUAUUUCUUAAGCUUU